AUGUCAGCCUCAGCCCCUUAUGAUCAUGGCGCUGAUAUAUUGUUUGGAGUUCCCCGUAUCCAGUCAGGGCACCUUUGCUAUGUGCACAAUUCAACCUUUGCGAGGACAUUAUUCUGCGACCCUCAAGUAUCUUUCCAAGCUUUCACAACCUUCAUUAAGACGAUACCUCCAGCACAACGGCGAAACUUUAUCAUCAGCCAGUUAGAGAGUGCCAGACGCAGGGAAUGGCUCUGGGUGGUAGUGGUCGCCGGGGUUGGCUUUUUUGCUGACGCAUACUGUAUCUUCUCCGUAAACAUGGUCGUCCCUAUGAUCAGCGAAGUCUAUUGGGGUAGCUUGGAUGCCAAGCCUGACCGCGUUCACAACUAUGAAGUCGGUCUUAGCAUUAUCACCUUAGCAGGUGCGCUCGUAGGCCAGGUUCUUUUUGGUAUCGCCGCGGAUAUCUGGGGUCGCCGAAAGAUGUAUGGAUUAGAGUUGGUUGUUCUGAUCUUCAGCACUCUUGGGAUGUCCAUGGCCUCCUCCGGUAAGUUUGACUCUAUGUCAAUUAUCGGCGUUCUUCUGUUCUGGCGGUUCUUUAUGGGCUUGGGAGUUGGAGCCGACUACCCUCUAUCUGCUAUUAUUUGCUCCGAACUUGCACCUACUCGCAUAAGAGGUCGUAUGUUGGCGGCUGUCUUCCUCUGUCAGUCACUCGGAGAGGCUGCGGCGGCUGUCGUUGCUCUCAUCGCUGUGGCAGGCUUUCGACAUAGUCUGCCUAAUGAUCCAGAAAUUCGAGAGUGCACAGGAUCCUGUGUUCAAAAUUUAGACAGCAUAUGGAGGUUAAUAGUAGGUCUGGGUGCGGUACCUGCCUUUAUUGCCAUCUGGUUUCGAUUGACGAUCAUCGAAUCACCCCGUUAUACAACGGAUGUCUUGCAGAACAGCCUUCAAGCUGCCGCAGAUGUGUCUCAGUUCUAUCAGUCAGCAGAGAUUUCCUCGGCUUCGAGUCUAGGCCAUGAGUCGCUCCAUCCAGUCGGAGAGACGAUAUCACUGUCUCCCACCCAAACUCGUGAAUAUGGCUUUAUGCCAUCCGUCAUCUCUCGUCAACCAAGUUCUGUGGAAUUGGAGAAUGCCUCAAGCCCUCCACUUCACUUCUGGAGAGAUUUGAGAAGUUUUCUGAAACAGAAGCGCAACCUCCGAACGCUAGUGGCAACAUCCUUAUGCUGGUUUUGUCUCGAUCUGCCGUUCUACGGAUUGGGAUUGAUGAAUGUGGAUAUUAUAAAUACCAUUUGGUAUGGUAACCAUAUUCCGUCUGCCGGAGUGUAUGAGUCGCUUCUCCGGGUCUCUUACCAGAGUAUCGUGGUCGUAUCAUCUGGCGCUAUCGUCGGUAGCUGCAUAGCGGUGCUAACAAUCGACCGAAUCGGGCGCCGGAAUCUGCAGCUGCUCGGCUUCUGUUUACUUUUCAUUCUCAACGUGAUUAUUGGUGCUUCAUUCAGAUAUUUGAGCACACACGGCGACUCAUCGGCUUUGGUUGUACUUUAUGUUCUGACUCAGAUAUUUUUCAACUUUGGACCGAACACCACAACAUACAUUGUCCCUGCCGAGCUCUUCCCAACCCGCUUUCGCGCCACUUGCCAUGGCAUCUCAGCUGCCUCCGGAAAACUAGGUUCCAUUCUUGCACAAUGCUUCUUGGGAUAUGUUGACUUCGGCAAUGGUGCAACCUGGCGAAAUGUGCCAGAUUGGCUAGGAUAUGCACUUCUAUGCCUAUCAUUCUUCAUGCUCAUGGGUCUUAUUGCUACCUUAUGGAUCCCUGAGACUAGGGAUAAGGAGGGGAACAAUAAGUCCCUCGAGCGUAUCACCGAGGAUAUGCAGGCAAAAGAUGUACCUUCUGUGGAUGAGGAAGAUAAUGGCAGCAUUCACACCCAGGCUACUACGUCUCUGCCUGGGCCGGAUUGGAGAUCGGACUGA